UGUGCUCCGCCCCGGUCACUUAAAUCUCCACCUUUCACUACUGACCCCUUCGAAUAAUUUAAUUUCUGCAUGGAGGAGGUCAGUGCUACAACUAAAGCAGCGCGCAGCGGCUGGAGGACGGCGAAGGAGUGCAGUUUACAAAAGCAGAUCAUGCUUUUGCUCGGUUGUCUCCUGCUGUUUCACCUGCCAUUGGACGAUGCUGCCUCACCGAUCUCCUGCUUCAGUGACAAUGGAAAACCCACUGACUGGUUCUAUCUCUACAAACUCCCACACCUCUCUCAUCAACAACAUAGCGAUGGGCUGACAUACCUGCUGAUGGACACAGGGAGUGACCAAUGGGCAGAUGGAGCCGUGUUGGUGAACGACAGUGUGGGAGCUCUGGGGAGGACAGUGGGUCAGCUUUAUGAAGAGAGAGGGGGUGAUGAUAUUGCAUACAUCCUCUACAAUGACCAGAAACCUGAGGGGAAAGGAUUGUUUGAACAUGAGAAAGGCCAUACAAAAGGUGUUGUUCUUCUGGAUAAGACCCAGGGAUUCUGGCUAGUCCAUAGUACACCCCAUUUUCCAAAUGCCAAGGAAGCAGGUCAAUUUGAAUAUCCAGAAACAGGGAUGAAGAACGGACAGAACUUCAUCUGUGUCACUUACCCUUUGGAUAUGUUUGAGACUAUUGGUCAGCAGCUGGCGAUCAAUGAGCCUCUUAUCUAUGACUGCAAUGUUCCCAGUUCCCUGGCCUCUCUUCUGCCUUCCAUGGUGGAGCUCUGUAGCAGGAGCCAGAGCGCCAAGGGAAACGCCACCAUCGCCCUGUCUCAAAUUUCCUCCAAUCGUAGCGUGUCUCUCACCUCCUUGGCCGGAACCGAGUUCAUAAGCUUUGCAAAAAGUGCAUCGUUUGAACACGACCUCUACCACUCCUGGGUGGCCCCAACGCUCAAGUCCAACCUGCUGGUCCAGUUCUGGCGCCUGUCCACUGGCGUCUUGCCCUCAGAUUGUUCCGAAGGCUGGAAAGUCUUCAACGCGAAGACGCUCUCUCCCGGAACGGUGGAAGAAUACAGCAGUAACAAGGACCACUCGAAGUGGGCCGUCACCAUGGAGGACAACUCCAGGAACUGGAUAUGCGUGGGUGACAUCAACAGGAACGAGGCAGAGGAGAAGAGGGGUGGUGGGACGGUGUGCCAGAACAACGCAGUGGUGUGGAAGGCCUACAGGGCGGCGCUGGUGGACUACUACCCCUGUGACGACUGAUGUACUGGGAGGGAAGGGGGGGCAUGGUCAGAAAAAUGUCAUGCAUCAUUUUCAAAUUUCGUUAAACCUGUAGCAAGUUACUAUCAUUACAUGAUUUUAAAUAUGUCUGUGCAAUUAAUACCGUUGUUAAAGUGAUUGAAAAUGAGGUAAAUGCACUAAUAUGCAAAAACAAUGAACGCAGUCGUUAGAAGAUCCAUCUGUGGAUCAAUCUGUCGGCUACAUUAAAGCAUUUAGAAGAGGCUUAAGUGCCUCCAGGCUUAUCAUAAGUACAGCUUUAAAUUGGCAAAACCCAUUAAACCAUUAAUUAAACUAAUUCUUCAGCUAGGUAGUUUGUGUGCUGAUGAGCAAUGUGUAACAAACAAAAGGACCCACAGAACAGAGUUUCACAAUUAUUUUCCCCUAGAGGAUAAACGGAGAAUCUCUGGUUAUAAGGCUAGGCUGAUUGGCCAGCACAGCUGUCAGUCAUUGCGGGGAUCUUCACUGCUCCUCACUGUGACUCUGCAGGAGAGCCGAGUUAAAGGUGAUGGACGUUUCAUGUUGGGGCAGCGUUAGGAAGAACAGCCGCAGUGCCUCCAGCCUGACUGGCAAUUCGCAUUCAAAGCGGUACCUUUAAUACCCUCAGAUGUGUCACCUUGCAGCGCUUGUACACAAGUGCUUGUAACUAUGUCUGCAUACAGUGAAGCAGAGGUGGGGAUUACAUCAUUUCAUAAAACCUGUGUUUUAUGGGGGGGGGGGCAUAGAGCUGAUGCUGGAGAUGAGAGCUAUAGGCUUAUGAUUUUAAAGUGGAUUUUCUGCUGAAGUGAUCGUUUUACUUCCGUUGUAACUGAGAACGAUUAAGGGUGUUUGGCCAGAGUGGUGAUGCUGAACAGCGUUGUCGAGGAGAAAGGCAUGCUGGAGAAUAUACACUGCAAAGUGUAUCACUUUGGUGGAAACGACCAACAUGCCAGCAAGGUGAUCACCUCUGUUUUUAUCUCAUACUACCUCUCAAAGGUGGCCUUUCAUGUCGGUGUUGAAAUUAGGGGCACGGUUGGGUCUGUUACUGUGGUGCAGCGUGGGACUUUACAGUCCUCCUUCAUUUCGUGACUGAUCUAUGUGUGGUUUACGCUACUGCAAGUGUAAUAAAACAAAUCUGAUUUUAAUGUUACUGUACAGAAUUAAAUUUUUAAUAGCAGCAGAAAA